AUGACUGUAUUCAUUGCGUCCCUGUUUCUGCCAUACACCAUCGACUUCCAGUCAGCCACGCCGAAGACACCACACCGCCGAAAAUCCUCUCCUAGCUACGCCUCAGUUGAUGGACCCGGCCAGGCCAUCAUCGGGCGACUGGCCGACAAUCGCAAGCCUCGGGUCGGAUCAGGGAGCCUGAAGCUGACACCUGGUGCACGUACAGAGGACGAGCGAAUCUUCAAGGCCUAUGCCUCCCAAUCCGCUGGUGAGAUUCCAAUCGCAGAUGAUCCGAAUGGCCCUGGGCCCAACGAGCCCCGGGCCGUGCCGUGGGGACAGAGCCGCAAGUUCAACCAGCCCCGCUCGAAGGCCACCACACAUCCUGAACCUUCCAUUCUCAGCCGACCGAGCUCGAGUAAAGGCUCCAAGGAGUCUGUAUUCCUGGAUGGAGCGGGGAGGCCAGCCCCCGCUGAACACGGGAGUCCGCGUGGGCUGCUCUCUGCCGAGGACUGGGCCGUGAAGGCCGCCGAACAAGGUCAUGGAGGCCUUCAGAAUGCCAUUCACGCUGCAGAAGAUGCAGGUAUCUUGGAGCAGAAGACGUGGGUUGGAACCCUGGGCAUGCCGACCGACUCUUUGCCCGAUGCGACGCGGGACCUCAUUAGCGAAACCCUGCAGGAGGAAUACGAAUCGUUGACGGUAUUCGUCAGUGAUAGCGAGUUCGAAGGCCACUACACGCAUUUCUGUCGCUCGGUACUCUGGCCCGCUCUUCACUAUCAGAUGCAAGAGAGCCCUCGUCACAAUGAAUACGAUGAUUACUCCUGGAAACAGUAUUACAAGGUCAACCAAGCCUUUGCCGAAACAAUCGCUCAACAUUGGAAACCUGGGGACUGCAUUUGGGUUCACGACUAUCAUCUUUUCGUGCUCCCGUCUAUGCUACGAAAGAGGUUGCCCGAGGCCAAAAUCGGUUUCUUCAUGCAUACGGCUUUUCCUUCCUCGGAGAUCUUUCGCUGUUUGAAUCCGCGCGAUGCUUUACUGGAAGGGCUUCUUGGUGCCGACCUUCUCGGGUUUCAAACAGACGAAUACUGCUACCACUUUGUACAUUCCUGCAGCAGACUUGAACGACUCGAAGUCUCUGCUGAUGGAGUACAAUACAACGAUCGAUUGGUGCACGUCAAAAGCUAUCCGAUGGGCAUUGAUUAUGAGUCACUCAAUGUCCUUCGUCAGUCUAUUGAAGUAAAAGACUGGAUAUUGCUUAUUACCGAAAGAUAUCAAGGGAAGCACCUAAUCGUUGCCCGGGAUAGGCUUGAUGCCGCAGGAGGCAUCAAACAGAAACUCCUGGCCUAUGAGAUGUUUCUGGCGAACUAUCCAAAAUGGAGAGAGAAUGUGGUCCUUGUUCAAAUUGCGUCUUCUGCAUCGGAGGUUCCGGAGCUGGAGGCACAAGUCUCCAAAGUCGCGAUGAGGAUCAACUCAAUAUACUCGACACUCACUCAUUCUCCGCUGGUCCUAUUGCGCCAGGACAUCAGCUACUCUCAAUUUUUAGCUCUGUUGAGUGUAGCGGAGAUAUACAUGGCUACUAACCUCCGCGAGGGGAUGAAUUUGACCAGCCACGAUUUCAUUCAUUGCCAAGACGGCCAGCUCGUUGCCCAGAAGCAUGGCUCUCUAAUCUUGAGCGAGUUUACGGGUAGCGCAUCUGUCUUCCAAGGCCAUGAGCUCAUCAUCAAUCCGUGGGACUACAAGCAAUGUGCUGAUGCUAUCAACACUGCUCUGGGGAUGUCUUCUGAACAUAAAGAGCGUAAUUGGCAAUUCCUUAUGGAACGAAAAACCCCUUAUUCUGCAGUUGCUUGGUACUCUUCCCUGCAAACCGCCCUCAAUGAAGCUCACAGCAUGCAACAGUCUCGCGACACACAAGCAGUCACUCCCCUUCGCAUUGAUGCAUUCCAGGAAGCUUACCACGCCUCACGCCGACGUCUCUUCUUCAUUGAAGAUGGCUCUCUACUCACCCGGACCCAAUCAUCCAUAUCCCUAGACACAGCUGACCUACUUCAAACGCUAGCUUCGGAUCCCAGUAACAUGAUCUAUUUAACCAGCAACCGCAGUCCAGCGCAAAUGGAUGAAGCUGCACAGAAUCUUCCACCACAUAUCGGGCUUAUCGCCGAGGAUGGCUGCUUCGUGAAACUAAACUCUUGCUCAACCAGUUGGGAAGCUCUCGUCGACGUCACUGGCACCAGUGCAUGGCGUGCCGGCAUCCGCAAGGUAAUGGAAUACUUCCAAGAACGCACCGACGGCAGCUCCAUCGAAGAGCGCCAGUGUUCCCUAACCUUCCACUAUGAUCACGCUUUGGACCCAGACAUCGCGGCCCACCAGGCCUCCGAACUAGCCGACCAGAUAAACGGCGCUCGUGGCAGUGAAGCUAUCCGAAUUGUUCGCGACACCACUGCAGUGAGCGUCGAGCCGCUAGCCGCAUCAAAGGCCAAAGCUGCCUCGACUCUACUCACUCGCAUCCCGGCCGACAAAGCACCAGAUUUCAUAUUUGCUUCAGGGAGUACUCGUGGCGAUGAGUCAUUGUUCCGGUGGGCUAAUCGCCUGUCACUGGUCGAGAAACAGCCACGGCAACUUCUCCAUGGCGAAGAAGCGUCCGUACGGAGUGCUGAGAACGGACCAGAGCAAUCUUCAGCUCGCUCCGUUACAACUCUGACGACGGGGAAACAUGCCACAGAGGCAGAAGCUGUGUUACCAGCAGGCUGGAAAUUGCUCUAUAUACUGAAGCUGUUGGUUGUCCCUCGCGGGGCACAGAUUCAUGAACGUAGAAAGUCUUUCUGA